AUGCCACAGGAUCAUCCUGAGAAUGAUUAUCCAACCUACGAAGAUCUAGCUGGUGACUGGUGUGGUGAGACUCCUCUCGGCUUCAUUAAAGUCACUCUCGAGGUCUCGGGUACGGUUACUCUAUUCGUUGAUGGUAAGACGUACACUGCCGAAUACUAUUUGGACGGCUAUGAAAUCGUGUUCACUAAUCCGGACGAGGCUUUAGCAGCGUUGCUUGACGAGUUGGAUUCGAGCUUGUAUGCUCUCUACACCGAAGAAGGUGUUUACGUUGAGCUAGUCAAUGUCUUCACCACUACUAUCACGAUAUGCUAG